AUGCCGCCAAUUGAAAGCGAUGCCGCUGCCGGUCCACUAUAUCCAUCAAGACCUCUUUAGGAGAUCCUUCACGAGCGGAGAGUAAUUGUGCGUGGUGACGGAAACGAGAUUGUCAGAAUAUAUCGCCUCCGGGGAGACCGUCCCUUUGCAACCUUUACCAAUCGACCCAAGUUCGCAUCCGCAUGAUGGCUACACUCACGCAAGCAGAACAGAUGAUUAGAGUCCGUACCUCUACAAGGAGGGAGGGCAAUGUGAUACCGGAAAAGUACCUGAAAGGUUUAGAUGUUGAAUGGCAGGAGAUGUGGGAAAAUCACGGAAAGGACAUGGACGCGGCUCACUUGGUGACUAUCGAAGAAUUUCGGCAAUGCCCUCAAAGGUACAGCUUUACCUACCCAACGUGGACAGGCCCAGAAGUACAUCAUGUCCGAGAUUACCAGAUCCCGGUCUCAAAUCCCAAAGGAUCGAUCACCUGUCGCGUAUACACACCCCCCGGGAUGGGUCCAUUCCCAGCACACCUAAAUUUCCAUGGAGGCGGCUGGGUACUUGGAGGUCUACAAUCUGAAGCUGCUUGGUGUCGUAGUAUUUGCAAUGAGUCAUCUAUCAUUGUCAUCGAUGUGGAUUAUCGUCUCGCGCCAGAACAUCAGUAUCCUAUCGCGCUGUAUGACUGCUGGGCUGCGGUACGAUGGGCACAUACCAACGCACAAACGCUCAACGUUGAUUCCAACUCCAUCUCAAUUGGGGGACUGUCCUCGGGUGGACUGAUCACCGCUGUUCUUGCCCACUUCGCUCGCGACUGCUCCCCCCCUCUCGAACUGAAACUCCAGCUGAUGGUGGUGCCCGCCACAGAUAUGCGCUACGUACCGCUGCCUAUAACUAAUGCCGAGCCCCUCACUGCAGAAAGUUGCCCGUACCCCAGUGCCAUUUUCUGCUCCGAUCUACCCUGGUCACCCCUCGCCCGGGAGUCAUGGUUCCUGAAUUACUACAUUGGCACGGACGAAGAGGUCCGAUCGGAAAUCCUUUCAGAUUGGAGAAUGACCCCUGUUCUCUCACCCUCUCUGAAAGGACUAGCCCCGGCACACAUCGUCACGGCCGAGUUUGAUGUAGAAAGGGAUGAAGCUGAGCACUAUGGGCAAUUACUUCGUGAGGCAGGGAAUCAAGUAACCAUGAAAAGGUACGCGGGUGUCCCACAUGCGUUUGCCCAUUACAAUCAUCCCACUCGGGGCCUGAGCAAGAGCCGAGAGUUCAUCAGGGAUACGACGAGGCUUCUUUCGGAGGUACACGGUACCAGUCCACGGGACGAGGAGGCGUAGGCUGC